AGUGAAGCGAAGCUCAUUUGCAAGAGCAGUUUGGAUGAGUUUUACGAGGCAAUAAUUUACCGAACAAAUAAGCACCCCUACCACCUCACCCACAUACGAACAAACUAACCCGUCUUCACCCAUAUUCGUUCGGGCUGAUGAUAAAAAGACUGGGUACCACAAGAAACAAGAUGGCGAUUCGACGAUAGAGCUGUGGGAGUUAAGUAGAUUUUUUGUGAUUUUACCAUCAUGACGAUAGCCAUUGGGUUCGAAGGGAGUGCAAAUAAGCUAGGCAUUGGUAUUGUAAAAGAUGGCGUUGUUCUUUCAAAUGUACGAACAACUUACAUCACUCCACCUGGACAAGGGUUCUUACCAAGAGACACGGCGAAGCAUCAUCGAGAAAAUAUCAUUGAUAUACUGAAAAGGUCUUUAAAAGAGGCCAACAUUAAACCCCAGGAAAUAGAUUGUGUCUGUUACACUAAAG